AUGGAACAAUCUAGCCCCCAGGGCCUUCCAGACACCGGCCAAACCGCAGCUACCAACUUUUCGAAAUUUCGAUGCUUGCCGGCCGAAGUGCGCUUCAUGAUAUGGGAGUGUGCCAUGGACGAGCAUCACCAAGUUAUCAGCGGUGGCAGAGCCCGUAAACCCAAACCCACCGCACUCCUUUGGACGAAUGCAGAAUCUCGAUACUUGGCUCUCAAGCGUGGCGGUCAUAUCAUAGUCGUCAAGAAGAUCCCACUUGUGUCAUCAUCGUCUUCCUGCCCUGCUGCUGCUUCCGACACAAGCUCGUUUCACACAAUUCAGGAGUCGAGAUACGAGGAAUAUGAUUUUCACCUCUAUUGUUCACCCAACAUCACUAACAACAGUUUCCGCGAAUCGUUGAGAUGUGUUCCCAAGACAUGCAUCAUGAAGCAGAAUCGAUUCCGCAGCUUGGUCCUCGGGCUCGAAAUUUGGUGUUGCACUUUUGAUAAUCAUCGCUGCAAUGAUUAUCGGUGCUUCCUCUUUGACCGAAUGAGUACCAUCCUCAUUCACCCCUGCGAUCCCUGCGAUCCGUAUACCCUGAGGCAAGAUCUAGAACGGGGGGUUGUUGAAGUCGAUCCGCGCGGCCUAAAAGCAGCGACCCGCGGGCUCUUUGGUUACGAUAACCAUUUGAUCGUCAAUCUACUAGACCCUGCUCAGGUCGGACGUGCCAUCGGGAUUCUGAGUGCGGAUGAAGCCACCAAAGCGAUUGGGGCCAAGAUUCUCAUGGUUUCGAACGAGAUCCACACCUACACGUUCUACAAUGGCCGCUUCACGUGGUGGGAAAUAAUGGUCAGCGCGGCCCAGCGCAUGUGGCUAUGUUUCAAUUAUCGGAGACUCUCUGAGGACGAGAGAGCGGGUUUAAGCUAUAAUCCAUGUACUUGGACAUCAUACCCUGAACCAUAUGACUGGGACCAAGACGACCCUUGGGUCAAGGGCAUACUGGAACGGCUGCCUGUCCUGCUGCCCGCUGUCGUGCUGGUUCUCCAAGCUUGA